AUGGCCAAAAUCUUGGAGAACGUCCUCGGAGCCCAGGUUGAGGCGUCGUUGCCCAGGAGGGCUCUUCGGGUUUUUGAUGGAAAACUAACAGAGUAUCGAACAUUCAUGCGCUCCUUUCGCUUUCAAAUCGAAAAGAAGUCCAAGUCACCCGAAGAUCGCCUGCAAUACCUUUUACAAUAUACGGCUGGCCAAGCAUAUGAACUUAUCUCCCCCUGCAUUUACAUGAGCCCUAGCGACGGAUUCGACAAGGCCAAGGAACUUCUAGAAUUGGAAUAUGGGAGUAAGUUUGGGAUCACUAACGCGUAUCGAAAAGACUUGGAAGAAUGGCCCGCUAUGAAGGAGGAACCGGAGAAAAUGAAGAAGUUCUCCAUAUUAUUAUCGCGGAGUGCUACAGCUAUGACCGAGCUCGGAAAUGAAACAUCUCUCAGCGAUCCAGAUUUUCUCGUGAAAAUAGUCUCCAAGCUGCCGAACUCUUGUCAGGCCAAAUGGAGACAUAAGGUGAUGAGCAUUGAGCAAGAUCUUGGGCAAGAAGUCAACUUUCACGAUUUGGCCAAUUUCAUUCGAACCGUGGCCAAAAAGUGGAACCAUCCGGUAUUAGGCCUGAAACCGAAAGGACAGGAGUGGCCCCCACCGUCAGCUUCACAAACCAAGUCCACUCGAAACCUUAACUUAGCAACUAGCUCUAGCCCCAUUCCUGCAGAACCGAGAACACUAGGAGUUGAGUGUCCAUUUUGCGGGAAACAACACGAUGUAGAUGAAUGCUCUCUAGCUCUGGCCAUGAAGGUUGAGGAGAGGCGGGAUGUUCUUAGGGGGAGAUGCUUCGGUUGCCUUGAAUACGGGCACUUUGUUCGAGCAUGCCGUCAGCGAAGAACGUGUGCCACCUGUAACAAAAGACAUCCCACAGUUUUGCAUCAGCCUUGGAACGCCCGACCAGAUGGUCUAUCUAAUGACAUUGAGUUAAAGGCCAACGUUCGUGGAGCUCAAGUGCGAAAAGGUCCUGAGAUAGCACCCAGUCAAUCAAACAUUGCUGUCGCCCUUGUCCCAGUAAAGAUCCGUGGACAGAACUCGCGUCAGGAUAUCGUCACUUAUGCUGCUUUGGACCCCUAUAGUACCGAAACCUUAAUCAAAGAUGACCUACUUGGUAAAUUGGGAGUAAAAGGCCAGCCAAGAAAGGUUUCCUUGACAACAAUGGCUCAAAGGAACAACCAGAUCACCGUCAGAGUGGUGCAUGGAUUGGAACUUUCUGACCUGGAGAACAACCACACGAUCACAUUGCCAUCGGCUCUUGCCUACAAGGACCUCCCCGUGGACCGCGGAAAUAUUCCCUCAAGAGAUCAAAUUCAGAAGUGGCCACAUCUUUCCGACCUGCCAUUGGUGUGGUCAACCGCGCAGGUUGGGGUUUUAGUCGGUAUGAACGUGCCUGGAGCAUUGAGACCAUUAGAGGUGGUCCAUGGAACCGAUGAUCAGCCCUACGCCAUAAGAACGAAAUUGGAUGGACAAUACACGGCCCAAUGA